AGAUACAUACAUACACAUGCAAAAUUUAAUGAAUCAAUUAUUAUUGAAAAUUGUCUUUAAAAGUACUGUAGUGCUUCAAUAAGGUCACGCAACUAUAUGUAUACCAACUGCUUAAUUUAGAAACUGUAAAAUUAAUAAGUAAAAGAUACGAAGCAAAGUGUUUCUGAAACAUGUGAAAAUUGGAUAUUCUCGGGUUCUUUUUUGAACUCGCAUCAACUUGGCUAAUGGAAACGUAAAAACCUAGUUAUCAUCACAUCUUUUUUGCUCAUACUUCAGCAAUGAUCAGCUUAGAGAAAAAAAUAAAUCAAAAAUUUCAAUGUCUUGGCAUUCGCAGCUUAUCUUAUAAUUAUAUGGAAUAUUUAUAAAUAAUUGGUAAUGCGGAAUAUUUUCGGUUAUCCAGUAAACAGGAAAGAGGAAUUUUUCGUAUGAUAUAUAAAACGAAUUCUCUCAUUAAACCUCACCCGUUAUCCGUUUACAUUAUCACUGCAUAUGGUCAUGUUUCAUGUUAUACAACGUCUAUAAACAUCUGGAAGAGAAAUUUUGACUUUCAUUUUAUCAUUUUUAUAUUUUAAUAAUGAUUUCGAAAAUGUUCCUUAGUCUUCCCAUUUAUUUCUUUCGGCCCGUUCUGGAAUGUAAGAAAACGCCAUUAAGUUCAAGGGAAGAAUCACAAACGCUUAAUUUUACAUAAUUUUAAAACUCCUUUACGGACUUUUCUCAACAAAAUGUGAGCUUCAAUGAACAAUCAUUUUAUUUGUUGAAUUAUUUUCUCUUACUCCGUGUGUGCUUUGAAAUUAGCUGUAAAUUAAUCUGAAAAUCAAAUGGAGUUCCAUUUUCAAUUGCAAACACUUUGAAUUACGAGGACACAACAAUCUUAAGCCCUGUGUAAUUUUUACCUUUACACAAUCUCUAGCAUUCAAUUCAUUUCUGUACUUCUAUCCAUAUUUUAUAUAUUCGCCUAUGACUUAAUAUCGAAAUUUAUUCGUCGACAAAGUAAUGUUAGUAAAAGCAAAACACGUUUGAAAGAAAAUGUUUUCAUUCCUAUCGUUUUUUGAUAAAAUUCAAAUUUAUUUAAAUUUUACUUGAUACAAAGCUUAAUAAUCGGAAGACGCGCUAUCAUUGUCUUUAGUCUUUUGCCAUUUAUCAGAAAGCACAUGGAUGCCUUUGCGGUAGAAACUUGAUCGUUUGAAGAUGAAAUGGCCAUCGACCACCUACCUGCUAAAUAUGACUGCAUCGAUCUAAAUAAGUGACAAGCGGAAGGGCUAGGCCUGGAGAACGUAGCGGGUGCGGUGAAUUUUCCCAGACUAAGCUGAAAAUUGUCUUCUUGAUUGUUUUUGCGUGCGACAGACGGACGUAUGCGAAUUUCCAUUAUUUCCUUGCCGAAAAUCUUUUGUCCAAAAUCUCGCAAACAAAUUUCUAACCACUUCGUAGCAUACUGCAUAUCGAUUCAAAGCCAACUUACUAAUUUCCGUAGGUUCAGCUUCUUUUUUUUUCUGGGUUAAUUCAGUUAAAAAACAGAAAUGGUAUCCAUGUCUUUAAACUUUACUCUGUAUUGAAUGACAACUUGUAAACAACUCACACUUACGUCUUACAUAUCUAAUUUAUAUAUACAUGAAAUUGCAUAUAAAUUGAACGCGUUAGGUAUAUUUUUUGAAGCCAUCAAUUUCAGCGGAAGAAAUUUAUUUAUACGAUUAAUGCUUAGACAAAGUCCUCUUUCGAUUUCCAACAUUUUAGGUGAGGAUUACAGGUCUCGAACACAAACGCUUGCUUUAUGCUCGAUUAACAAAUUCAUCAGCUCCCCCUUUAGAGAUUAUUUUAUGAACUUGAAAAUAUUUUUUAUUACGCACAAAUCGUAACUGUUGCGCAAAGAAAAAUAUUGUUUAUUACAGUAACUGUAAUUGUAACUGUCGCACAUUUUGCAAUAUUUAUUUGUAUAAUGCGUUGAACUACACUUGAGAGCAAAGACAUCGAACAGCUCCUCCAUUUUCACUUCGAACCUAAAUACUUAUUAAGUUCAACUUGGAUUGCAAACAUAAGUCAAGUUAAAAUAAAAUACACACUGUUAGUUUCUGAGAAACACUAUGUUAAUUCCUUCGGCCUUCUUUGGCUAGUCUUCGUCUAACCGUCCGCCGACUAAACUUUCACUACUUUAACUACUCUGCUCGAAAUGCUACCCGACUUGAACUGCAUUCAACUAACUAACGAUUGCAUAGUGAUGUUGGUGCCAGUAUAGGAUCAUCAGGCAGUGUUGUACGUCCUCGCCGCCGAAUAUAGCCAUUGGUCUUUUGAUAUCGCUGAUAUAUUCGUCGAACAGCAUAUCGACUUAAAUUUAGAUGUCGUGUCGCUUGGCUUUGAUUCUGUCCAGCUUUAAUCAGUGUAACCACUUGAGACGCUGUUCCUGCUUUGGUAUACAUUUUCUUUCUCCAAAUAGUCUCGUAUACGAUAAGCAACCUUUCAAACUGUAAGUUGAUCUGCAAAUAUGAAGCGCUAACUGAAGCGAGCGGCUUUCUAUUCUAUUAUUGACACUGUAAUGAUUUUGAAGGUCAAGGAUUCGAAGUGAAAAUGUAGGGCAAGUGCGAUUUUUUUGCUCAUUGUGGCUAUAAUUUAUUGCCCCAGGUACGUAUACAUAGGCAUAUUUUAUCUUUGGUUUUUUUUUUCUCAUAUUUUUAUUUUAUUAAUUUUCUUUUAAAUUCUGUUUAUUUUACAAGGUUUUUUCUAGAUUUUUAUUCUUCUUUUUUUAUUAGUUUUUGUUUGAUUUUGUAAACUUCGUAGGAUUAAGAGUAUCGAAAAUUCUUCAAUUCAUAUGGGUGAAAAUGACGAAAAAGAUAAUGAUAAAGAAAACGAUAAACAAGAUGAAGAAAAAAAAGAAGAGGAAAAAGUUGAAAAUACCGAUAUUAUUACUAUAUUUGAAAGGAAAAAUUCAUUGUGUGAAGAUAUAGCAGAGCCAACUAAUUUACCUGAAGUAUUAUAUGAUAAUUGUAAUUUACCUGCUAUAUUGCCGAGCGAAGCCAGUAUUAAUGAUUCCGUGAAUCAAACAAACAUUGAAUAUGUGACAUCACCACGCAAACCUGAACUAGAUCUCAAUUCUGGGAACGCAAUCUCAGAAGGCGAUAUUGUUAAUAAUUGCACUACUAAUACUAAUAAAAUUGAAAUUGAAUGUGAUCAGUGCAACACUCCAUUGAGUGAUAUUGGAUUGGAUUUGAGAACUAUUAGCCCUCUAACGGAUUGUGAAAGUAAAAGUUCCAUUAAUCUUAAAUGCAUUUAUGCAGAGCAGAACUCCGUUAGCAGUCUUCGAAGCGAUGAGGAUUCGAUAAGUAAAUCGAGUGAAAAUUCUGGAGAUUUAAUACGAACAAGCGGUGAAGCAUAUUUAUCUUCGGAAAAACCAAAAAAUAGUACACGUCUUUCAGAACGCGUUAAAAAGAGAUCUUGGUAUAAUGUUUUGUAUCCGAAUUAUAAGUCGCGUUCACAGGAUUUUAAAAAGCUUUUUAAGGAUGUGCCGAGUGACGAACGUCUAAUCGUUGAUUAUUCUUGUGCUCUGCAAACGAGCCUUCUCUUACAAGGUCGUUUAUAUAUAUCGCAAAAUUACGUAUGCUUUCAUGCCAAUAUUUUUGGCUGGGAGACUUGUUUAAUUAUUAAGUGGAAAGACGUUACUUCUAUAACUAAAGAGAAAACUGCUCUUGUUAUACCGAAUGCUAUUUCGAUUUGCACUUUAAAAGAAAAGUAUUUUUUCUCUUCGUUUACAACACGUGAUAAAACUUUUUUGAUACUCUUUCGAGUAUGGCAAAACACAUUGAUGAACAAACCUAUGCUGCCGCAAGAAGUAUGGCAAUUGGUGCAUAAUUAUUACGGCGAUGAAUUAGGUCUAACUACGGACGAUGAAGAUUAUAUAGAUCCAACAACCGAUUCCACAUUAAAUGAUAACGAUGGCACUAGUGUUGAAUUUGUAUCAGCGUUAGACGAUACGAAUUCAUUGAGUAUAACGAUCAAUGCAAGUUCCCUAGAUACCAAACUCAAUUUAGAAAUUAAUCAGGUGGAGAAUUCUAGCGGCAGCAGUGCCUCAAAUACGAGCAGUGUCAGUAGUGGCGGCAGUUUUAAAAAUAUACAAGGCAGAGCAAAAGAAUUCAUGUCUAAAGCAGAAGGAUGCAGUGGUAGCACCUUUGCAGAUGACGAGCCAUUGCAAAGUUCGGGCCAGAUUAAUAGAGCUACAGGUGGUGGCAGUAGUGGCAGUGGCGCGGGGGCUGCAGAUGCUAAACACACUUCUCAAACGUUCGAUGGCAAGCGUAAAAUGCCGAAAAACACCCGCCAACGGGAUGAUAGUUUAUGUAAAAAAUCGGAGACUAUUCCAACCGAUAUGUCUGACUCUAGCGAUUCAGAAGAAAAUAAUAUUCCAUUUGUUGCUACAGCUGAAUGUAAUUCUCCACAUGAAGGGCGACAAUUGGUUCAUACAAUUUUACCCAUCAACAUUGAAACAUUGUUUAAUUUGCUGUUUGCAAAGUCGAAAUUCCUAAUAGACUUUCAUGCAAUGAGAAAAUCCACCGAUCUAUCAUUAGGUGAAUGGACAAUAAACGAUGAAGGGCAGAAAACACGUAGAGUAAACGUUACCGUGCAAUUGUCUGCUUCGGUUGGUCCAAAAACGUCAAAGGUUACUGAGUUUCAACUGAUGCGUGAUUGCAGUAAAUCGGGUGAACUUUACUCUAUAGAUGUAAAUAACGUCAACGUAGGCAUUCCAUAUGCGGAUAGUUUUAAUGUUCUAGUCCACUAUUGCUUGGUCAAAACUGUUGAUGAUCAUACAAUGCUGUCUGUCCAUGCUCAAAUUAAAUACAAGAAAUCUAUUUGGGGUGUUGUUAAAGGCUUUAUCGAGAAGAAUACUUGGGCUGGCCUUGAGGACUUUUAUACAGCUCUAUUGCAUUCAUUACAAAACGAGACUAAUAUUCCUCCGGCGAAAGGAAAGGGACGUAGACCGCGCAGGGGUACAGCUGCACAAGUACGUCCCUUGGAGGACUUGCCAACGCCGCAAUUGAAAUCCGAUCCUCCUGAAAAAUUUCAUACAUUGCAUGCGUUAACUGCGAAAUCAACGACGGAUAGUCCCACAAUUGCUAUUGAAUCACCUACCAAGUACAAAUGGUUGUCUAUAUUCGUCCUCAUGCUUCUGUGCUUUCUUAUCGGAGUCAAUGUCAUAUUGUUAUUGAGACUUUGGAAACUUGAAGAACGAAUCGACGAAGAUAUGACUAAACGAGCACGUUUAGCAAAUUUAGCGGCACUUAAGCAGAUGCCAAAAUCGCACGAUGAAUGGAUGGAAUUGUUGCGUCAACAAGAGAACUUACAUGAAACCGAAUUGAAAAAGUGGCAUAUGGUGCUGCAGACUGCCAUUGAGUUACUCAAAAAGGUGAGCGUGGUUUGUCAAACGAUAAUGCGAAAUGAUAGCAUCGCACAGCAAAUUGAUCAAUUCAAAGAUGAGCUUUAAUUGCCAUAAAUUGUUUAUGAGACCAUAAUUUUGCUUUUCAAUUUAUUACAUUUCCAUUAUAUGAUGUCUAUAAUGAAUAUUUCGUGACUAUAUAGUAUUUUUAAAAAAUUAUUUUUAUACAAUUUAGAAAACUUAUUCAUAUAUGUAAAAAAACAAAAAACAAAAAAAGAAUUUUUACUUACUCUUAUAAUGAAUGUGCCGAUAUAUAAUGCAUUAGUUAGGCGUGCAUGCCCAUCCAUUUUUGCGAUAAAUCGGCACUUAAACAAAAAAGUACGAAUACUUAUGUUUUCAAAACGAAAUUUGUUGAACGAAAAAGAAAAGGGAGAAAAGGAGAAAAAGAUGAUGAAUUGUGUUGUUCUAUCUUUUACAAAUAGCUUUGCAAUUAAGACAUUACUGCAUGAAGAAUAACUGAGUCUGUAGGCGAUUUCGAAUAGUUUAGUUUUUAUAGACUUUUCAAUAUUCAAUAUGAAUUUUGUUUACUCACGUAUCUAGUGUAGAUUUUUGCUAUCAUUUUAUGUAUGUAAAUUUCUUGAUUUCUUUUUUUAUUUUUCCUUUUUUUUUUUUUAUUUAUGUAUAUUUUGCAGACUGAGAAAACUUUAGUCGAACUCUUGCUUCGCUAAAUUUCGGUAGACCAAAGUGGUUGCCUACACAUUGUUUCGAUGAAAUCACAAAUUAAGAAAUGGAAGGUGGGUUGGGGACAAAUUGUUUUCUGAGAAUGCAAUAUCUUAGAUUGCAUUCGCUCGGUCCCAACGUAAAAUUAAUUAUUAAUUAUCGGUAUUUUUUCCUAUUUAUGUUUUUAUUUAUUGGCUUAUUUCGUUGAUUGUUUUU